AUGGAUGACGGAAGCGAGCUAUUUCCCUACGCACGGUUAAUCCAAGCUCCUCGGGCGUCCCAAUCUGGCUCGCCAAGCUACGAGAUGGACAGCGCAGAGUCUGGCACUCGAGUCCGGGGAGAAGAAGUCAUACAGAUAGAGAACGACAUAUCCAGCACGGACUCUCAAGUUGAGAUGCCCCAUGCCCAUCUAGAACCGGAAACCAGAACCGCAGAGACCCAGACACAGACGCAGCCUCCCCAGACCAACCAAGAAAGAGAUCCAUCUGAGACUGAUAGUGUGGAGGCAUGUUCGGGGUGCUUCAUUUGCGAUGUGUCUACGACUGAGACAGACUUGCCUGAAACGCAUCUUGUCACCGGUACUAUUGGUGAUGGUGACAGUACUGCCGUGGAUGGUUUGAGCAUCUCGCCAGUUACCACUCCCAGUCCACACGGCACAGUCAUUGACGAUCACGAUCAUCAUAAUGAUGACAAUGAUGGGGACUCUUCCGACUCCUCAACCCUCGCCUCCCUCGACAUAUUCUCCCAUACCGCAACUGCAUCCUCCAGCCAAAGCGAAUACUCGGACAUGGACGAUGACGACAGCCUACCUGAGACCGCAUCUAUCAGCGACGAUAACGACAGCGAAUACUUCGACAUUGACGAUUCCGAGUACGACUAUUACGGCGACGAUGAAGACGAUGACGAUGACGUUGGUCCACCCCGGGAAUGUGUUUGUCGUGAUGUGGAAGAAGAUCUACGUUUUCAUGAAUGGGAUUACUUGAUGUAUUGGCGUAAUACUUCUCCUGAACUCUGGGUGGAUUGGAUUGAUCGGGAGUUGGUUGGAUUGGGGUAUCGGAGGGCAGUGCUUGGAUGGGGUGGUUAUUAG